AUGAUCUCUGCCACGCCCUCGCCCUCUGCCAGGGCGCUGAGGAGCCGUGACAACUCCCCAUCGCCUCAUCCGCGGGCCUUGGCUCGCAUGCCCUCCAACCCGCGAGUGAACACGGCUCUACAUAUAUCCUCUGUCACUCCGGCUUCUGCCAACAGCACAUCCUCCAUGACCCAAAGCCCUUAUAUCAGCUCGAUCCAAUCUUCUCCCUUGGUGCCUCAUUCAAUCCACCACCUACCUCACCUUGGGACCCCUGUCCCCCUGGAGCUGGGCGAGAGCCUUGUCUCUCCCCAUGUCUUCUCGCCUCCGAAGGAACCCACCGCAGGCCCGAAGUCCGUGGGAAUGAUACGCAAGCUCUCCCAAAGUGCCAAGGAUGGCGUGCGACAGACUCUGCGAAGGAAGGCUUCAUCAUCUGCGCAUUCUCGUCGUGAUGAAAGCACAGGGCCAAUCACCAGACGCCGAAGUGACAGCAAGAAUGCCAUUGCCAAUGGGUACUCUAUGGACUCUCCGUCCUUGGAUGCUCUGCCCUUGGACCUGCAGACCGGGUUGGGCCUGUACGGUGAUACGAUGAGCAUUUCCAGCGAGCCCACGACAUUGAUAGACACGAGUCCCGAGGGCCAAGCUCCGUGCGUCCCUGAGCACCUAGUGGCGGGCUGCCCCUUGACCAAGAUCACCAAGAAUAAAAAGCAAGAGAAAUUAUUCUUCAUGGAUGUCGAGGGUUCCCGUGUCUCGUGGAAGGGCGCUGUGACAACCAAAGUCUUCCACAUUGACAAUAUCAAGAGCAUCCGAAGUGGCGAGGAAGCUGCGAGCUUCCAAUCGCAGCUCCGUGGUGAAGCCGUCGACCCAGAACUGUGUUUCACCAUCAACUAUACCACCUCAGACUCGGCGAAGCAAGUCAAGUCAGUGCACCUCGUUGCUCGCAACCACCGGGACCUCCGACUGUGGGUCGACACACUCGAGAGCCUGGCCAAGCAUCGAGAGGAGCUGAUGAUGAGCAUGGUUGGCUCAACCGAACGCGAGUCAGUCGUCCGAGCUCACUGGGACAAUGAAAUGGCGAAGCGGACCAUCAAGAACAACAUCACCAAAGCCGAUGGUCUUGACCUCCCUACCGUACAGAUGCUUUGUCGUAAACUCCAUAUCCACAUUCCAGAGAAGGAGUUGGAGGAGCAUUUUCAUUCUGUCGACGUCAACAAGUCGGACCUCUUGGACUAUCCUCAAUUCAGAGACUUUCUGAGACGUCUUCGAGAAAGAAGCGACAUCAGGAAGAUCUUCGACGAAGUGAAAGGUGAUAAUGCCAUGGGCGUGACGAGGUCUCGGUUCGUCGACUUCCUCAAGCGCUAUCAAGGAAUUGACAUCGCCUCCCUUGCAGACCCCAGUGUCUGGGAAGAGAAGAUCAAUGACUUGGUAGCGAUGUCUUUUCCGGAGGAUGCAUCUCUGCAAAGAUCCGGACUCAUUGACGCCAACGCUUUUGCAUCUUUCAUUGUCUCCAAGGAUUGCCAUGUUUAUUCCAUGCCUGAUCCCCCGGUCCCCACGUUUGACCAGCCUCUUGGCGAAUACUUUAUUUCAAGCUCUCACAACACAUAUCUGACCGGUUGGCAAGUGGGAGGCACCGCUUCAGCCGAAACCUACCUCACUGCGCUGCGACACGGAUGUCGCUGCGUUGAGAUUGACUGCUGGAACGGUCAAGACGGCAACCCGAGAGUGACUCACGGUCGCACCAGGACCAGUUCCGUACCCUUCUCGGACUGUAUCAACGCUAUUCAAAGGUGCGCCUUCGAUGUCAGCCCUUAUCCAGUGAUCAUUUCUCUGGAAGUCCAUUGUGAUGCCGAGCAACAAGCCAAGAUGGUGCAGAUUAUGAAUGACGUGUUUGGAGAGCGGCUUCUUGUUCACCCUUUGCCUGGCUUUACCACACAACUUCCUUCGCCUGAAGAUCUCAAGUACAAAAUACUCAUCAAAGUCAAGUCCACUGAACUUCACGCCGAUCUCACGGCCUCACGGCAGCCUACGUCCGCGCAUCGAGAUCGGAGCGCUAGUUCUCCGAACAGGCUCAAUACCCAACCGACAACCUGGGUCCUUCCAAAGGUACCAUAUGUCUCGAGUCCCGCACUAGUAACACCACCAGAGACAAUCUAUUCUCCCACUGACAGAUCGGUCACGGCAACAAGCGGAAGCAGUGCCGAUGAGGAGAGUGAUGUCGCGCCCACCUCGCCUUCGAGUCUCGCAAUCCAACGCCCUGCCCCGAAGCUGAGCAAGGUCGGUUCCCAGCUCUCUGCUCUCGGCGUAUAUAUGAAAGGCUAUACCCUCCGCGAUGCCAGAGACCUUCGCUUCCAACAAUACAACCAUAUAUUCUCGCUCAACGAGAACAGGGCCAUCGAGCUCUGUCGCUCGACCGAGCACAAAGCUCUCUUUGAGGAUCACAACCUUCAUCACUUGUGCCGGGUCUAUCCCAAGACUCUGCGCUUCCAGUCGUCCAACUUUGAUCCCAACACCUUCUGGAGGAGGGGUGUCCAAAUGGUUGCCUUGAACUGGCAGACCUUUGACGCCCAUAUGCAGAUGAACCAGGCAAUGUUUGCCGCCGGAACUGAUGCAUAUGGCUAUGUCUUGAAGCCGGACUACCUCAGAAAGCCUCGGACGAAGCCCGGAGAUUUCGAGCAUCGGACGAAGCUGCCCCGCUACAAGAUCAGGUUCUCGGUCCAAGUGAUUUCAGCUCAACAACUACCCCGGGCGGCGAAUAUGAGCAAAGACACCCCUCUGAAUCCGUUCAUUGAAGUGCAAAUGUUCAGUGCAGAGGACCGAGCUCGGGGAAUAGCCAAUGGCACUGGCGGCACCGAGACUUACUCAAACGGCUACCAUGGAAUUGGAUUACCCUACCGUCGUCAGACCCAGAUCCGGUUUGGCAAUGGCUACAACCCUCAAUUCGGAGAAAACAUUGAGCUUAGCCUGCAGACGAAAUACCCGGAGCUUGUCUUUGUUCGAUUCAUCGUCCUGAACUCGGACGACGGAAGACACACGGGCAAAGGGGUCAGACAGCUUGCGGCAUUUACAGCGAAGCUCAGCAGCCUGCAGACGGGAUAUCGACAUCUCCCACUGUUUAAUGGACGGGGGGAAGAGUUUAUCUUCUCUACUCUGUUUUGCAAGAUCGCCAAGCAGGAGCCCAAGUUCAUGCCCUGGUCGUUGCAAGACGUCAACGAGCGGACUUCCCGACCCAAUGUGCUUCGCGGCUUCCUCUCACGCGGACUGUCAAGUGACCGAGGCAGGGAGCGCGGUUCCAGCGUCGAAGAAGUGGACGCAGGCCGAAGAGCCAACCGUGAGAGCGACGAGAAAAUUACUAAAAAGUAA